UCACUGCCCAUUGGGACUUCCAGGGGAAAUAGCUAGGCAGUGGCAAAAGAGUGAGGAGAGCACGUUUGUCGGGUGGUACCCAAUGAACUGACUUCUUUUUUUAUUUAGCUUAUUAUUUUUGUCUUUUCAGCAGCUACCUGAAGUUUCUGGCAGUAAAGCCAUCAUGGCAGACCUGGGCUGCAAAAAACCCAGCGACUGCACUGUCUCCAGGCUCCUCAGUGUAGUGGAGAGUGAACUCCGGGCUGGAAGAGACAAAGGCGACCCCACAGAGAAACAGCUCCAGGUUGUCUUGGAGGAUGCAACGCUAUGGCAGAGAUUCAGGGAAGUCACUAACGAGAUGAUCGUGACCAAGAAUGGCAGGCGGAUGUUCCCUGUUUUGAAGAUCAGUGUGUCAGGCUUGGAUCCAAAUGCCAUGUAUUCCUUCCUGCUGGACUUUGCUCCAACUGAUGGCCACCGCUGGAAGUACGUCAAUGGAGAAUGGGUGCCAGCUGGGAAACCAGAGCCACCGAACCACAGCUGUGUGUACAUUCACCCAGACUCUCCCAACUUUGGGGCCCAUUGGAUGAAAGCUGCCAUUUCCUUCAGCAAAGUCAAACUUACCAACAAGCUCAAUGGGAGUGGGCAGAUAAUGUUGAACUCCCUGCACAAAUACGAGCCCCAGGUGCACAUAGUUCGUGUAGGAGGCCCCCACCGGAUGGUGAUGAACUGCUCCUUCCCUGAGACGCAGUUCAUAGCGGUGACUGCCUACCAGAAUGAAGAGAUAACAGCUCUCAAAAUCAAGUAUAAUCCCUUUGCCAAAGCCUUCCUGGAUGCAAAGGAAAGAAACCAUUCUAAGGAUGCUCCAGAGACAGUCUCUGAAGGUCAACAUAUGACAUAUUCUCACUUGGGUGGCUGGUUGAUUUCCAACCCAGAUCCAAUGUGUGCCUCGGGAAGCUCCAAUUACCAGUACGGUGGGGCUUUGCCUCUGCCCGCUCCACAGGCUCCCCACAGCUGCGAGAGAUUCUCAGCCCUGCGAGGCCAUCGGGCUGCUCCAUACCCACCCUCCUACAUGCAGAGGAAUCACUCCCCUUCAGUUAACUUAUUGGACAGCUCCAGCAAUAAUCUUCAGGUAUUCUCAGGACACGACAGCUGGACUUUGCCAUCCUCUCCACAGACUAAUUUGCUCUCAAUGCCACACACAAAGGGAGGUGCCAGCCCUGGACCCAGCCACUACCCUUGCCUGUGGACAGUGAGCAACAGUGCUGUAAAUGCUGCCAACCCAGGAAGCGAGGUGAACAGAAACCCUCCAAGUGUGUUUUUAAGGGGUAAUAUCCCCUUACCUGCUGCUUCAUCAGUGCAAAUCCCUCUGCAGGGAAUGGUGUCUGGCAGCAUGGAAGCACAAGGGGAAGGCACUCUCACCAGACUGACUGACUCUGCGUGGACAUCCUCACACUCCUUUCAAUGGACAGGCAGCUCCUGA